UGAGCGUCGAGGUAGCUUGUGCAGUUCCGAGUCCUGUGUAUACAGAAUUCGGCCCAUGAAACCUGAGCUUUCAUUUCUGGCUGUGCUUUUUGCUUACUCUCGGAGGUUUCAAUUCUCCCGUUCCCCCCCCCCUCUUCCGGCUAACACGUGACCUUCUAUUACUCAUUUUUCUUACGGUUUCUACCGUUCUGAGUCCCCGAUGCCAUAUGUUUCUUUGCUGUAAUAUCUCCGCACCCUCAUUUUUUUCCGUCUAUGCGUUUCAAUUCGAUGCCAUUUUGCCUACGACUAAGUGCAUUUUUAUUCAUAUGUUAACAUGUGAUCCCCUGCCUUAGUAGGCUGUUCGUCCUCUGUUCAUCGGCUGCACCUCUUGCUUUCAUCCCCGCCUUGUCGGUCCGUGCGUUCUUAUGCAUCGACCUGGCUCUCUCCUACUCUCAUUUCAGCUUUUCCUUAUUGCGGUAUGUCCUACCAGACCCGGUGUCGCAGUUUUUCGGUUACCCUCUUCCCUAAUACGGACUCUUUAUUGGAACUUUCGCAUUCGUCGGACUUUCCAUUGGACCCUUCACAUUCGGACGAAUUUCUAUCUACUACAUGGACACCUUUUCUUUUGCUUUCUCCACUCAUGUACUGUAUUUACCGGCUCAGACACACGACGCGCUGAAAAUCGGAUGUUUUAGGCCCCUGGAGACGUUUCCAGGGGGUGCUUUUGGCUACCA